ACAGUCUGGACGACCAAAAAAGCCGGCGAGGAAGGAGACUGGAGGGACGUGAUGAUGCCCUACUCCACAGAGCUGAUAUUUUAUCUGGAAAUGGACCAACCACCAGGUAAGCUUCAGGCCGGUGAUAGCGGGGAAAUGGUUAGUUGGACUGGAGUUAAUUAGCUGGAGUGAUGUGUGUUUAGGAGCUGUGUGCUUUGGUGUCUGGUGAAAUUUGCAGAGAAGCUUUCAGGUUUCACGUUUUGCUCCUGUUCGUACCGGUCACGCAGUUAUGGCUUUGUUUUAUUAGGGCUUCGCGGGCUUCUGGGCAGUCGUGAUGUUUUAGGCACACUCGCUACAUUUGUGACAGCGUACAUAAACUUAGCGCUGUCUGUAGCUGAGAAGCAGGUAAUUCGGGGACGAAGGAAAUAAAAUGGCAGUUUACAGCAGCAGUGACAGCGCUUUAAACGCCUUGGACUCUUUGUUUCUCGCUGUCCGGUGCACUCGCCACAGCUGAUCUUUUGUACAUUAAGAUACAGAUUUGCGUGAUGACACAGUAGUUGCAGUCUCACUGUGGAGACAAUAAGUCCCGUGUAGUCCGUACACUGAAGCAUCCCCACUUCUUCUCUGCGUCUGAUGGCUUUGCAAGAGGCCUAUGAGAUGAUAGAAUAGGAGCCAAGGUGACUGUAUCUGCUGCUUAACCCAUUUUAAUUUAACUGUUGGAGAAUUUGGCUUAUGAGACCACCGGGUAAAUGUUGUACAAUACCGAGAUUUGGUAUUAUUCCGCACUUGAAGUUUGCAUUAAACCAUUCCGACUGAAUCAUUCCAAAAUCAGCUGUGCCGUGAGCGGGGAAGGGGGAGAGGGGGGAUGGGACAAGCAGGAAACCAAGAAAAUGAAUAAAACCUGGAAUAAAACCGUCCUGAAUAUCUCCGAAUAAUAACGAUCUUCACUUGGACACAUAUAGAAGUCUUUGUGCCCUUUUCUAGCCAACUGUCACCCACAAUUGAAUAAGUUUCAUUCAUUCAUUCCUCGGCAAUUGUGCCAGUGUCAUUCGACUCGCUCCUCUUCCUCCCUGCUUUUCUCCCCUCCUCAAUGGAUCAUGGCGCAGAUGUGGGACGUUGUGUUGUUUCCAGGAGGCGCUGUUGAAUUGCCUUGUAGCUCUUUCGGGGUUUUUUUUUUCCGUCUCCUUUCUUUUCCCUCCAUCUAUCUAUCUAUUAAGAUGCACUAUACUCCGCAGCAACCUCACAGUGCCGUGUUGUGUCUAUCUGUAGCAUGCUGCAGAGUAUUUGGGCUUAGAGCUCACUACCAUUUUACCACGGGAUGCUUGAAUAUGCAACAUAUUUUAAGCUUGUGCUGGGUAAAAGUAUUGUUUCAGCUACGUUUUCUCUUUAGACCUUGUAUUUUGAAGUGCAGUCGGUAAUCCUUUGUUGCUGCUGCUCAGUGCAUUAGGGAUGCAGAUGCAAAAUUCUGGCCAUUUAAUGGUGAUUCACACAUUUAACUGGCCACUGGAGCUUGGCUUUUAUCGUGCCUAGUGCCAUUUCUUUAGGGGUUUGUCAUGGCACAAAAAAUAACAGAUUUUUGCUUUGCUCAACAGACUGUUUCUAUCUGACAAAAUGUAGUGAACAAGAAUGUUUUGGACCAUAACAAACAUUGUGUUGGCAAUGUGAAACCUUCAGAACAGCAUUUGUGUAUAUAUGAGUGUUUUUGUAGACUGAUUUGGUGUUUAUAGAGGACAAAUAAUCCUCUGUUCCUAUGCGAGUAGCUUCACUGUUUCUGUUGGUUUUAGGUUGUACAGUACUCAGAUUCUUACAGCUCUUUUGUCCAAAUGAGCACAUCCUGUCAUUAGCUAAACCUCUAAGUCCACAGAUGUUCAUUACAUGUGUAUGUUUAUUACACUGGAAUUGAAAUGUGAACGCCUCACUGAUAUCUACAGUGUGUGAAUUCCUGUGUGUGUACAGUGGUACUUGUGGUUUGAUUAGCACAGGUGGAGUGUCACUGCCACCCCCAGGGGAGGGCAAGGCCUCCGUAUCCACUGGCAACUUGGUGUGUGUGAAGCGACACUCUGUGGAUGUGGGGUGAAUGAUGAGUCUCGUGUUUCAAUGGAAAAUCACCGGGACAUUGUUGCCAAAGGACCAUACCAGAGUGCUUUUUGCAUGUCAAGGUUCAUUUGCAGUACAAUGCAGUGUUAUACAUUCCAGCUCCUCUUUCUUCUCCGUAGUUUUUAUUCAUGUGUACACAGAAUAAAAGAAAAAGACCCCUUUGCCAAGACGACAAAUCAUUUUUUUCAUUCAUAUUGUUCCUUUUCUUUAUUUGUGCAGUCUGGAUGCUUCCUUGCACGUGUUAAAAACAAGUUCUUCCUCCCCACUUUUACCAAGUGCUGCACAUAGGGGGAUUGUCUGGUUGUUGUUCUCACACUGAUAUUGUGGCCUCUUUACUUCAUAUAAAGCAUAAUUAGAUUUCUGUCAGCUGGUGCUGUAUAAAUAAAAUUAAUUUGUUUUGUGUUGAAAUGUGAGUCAGCGGAAAGAUGCAAAAUUGUUUUUCAAGUAAAUAAAUUGCAGCGUUGUCAUGAAACUAAACGUCAGUAUGAGGACCUGUUCUGUAAUAGGACAGAGAUGUCUUCUGCUAAUUUUCCACCAGUGUAACUUUCCAGGCAUAGCCCAGUAGAAUGUGUAGAGAUGUAGAAUGUCCAGCACCUAUGGUUUUGUCUGCAUUUUAAGCCUUUUUUGAAACUAAUUCUGGUUGGAGAAGCUGGAAGCUCAUUCUGGUUCCAGCUUUUCCCUGUAGGAGAAGCUGGAACAAGAAUCAGUUUUCAACAAGGCUUGAAUUUACUGGAAGGUUGGGUAAGUUUUGUUUUUAUUCUUAGUUUAGGGUUAGUGAAUGAAUAUACAAAUUCAGUUGGCAGUCACAGUAGAAACUUGUUGAUUUAGAGGUGCUGCAUUGUUGUGUGUGUGAUUGCGUGGUGUGAUGGACUUGAUCUACCACAAGCCUACUCAACCUUCCUCCCUGCCUCCCUCAUUUCUUUCUUUCUUUGAGCUUUACACGCCUUCCCUCCGGGCUGUCCUCUGAUUGGAUGAGGGGGCGUGCCUCCGUGCAGGGAUUAGCUGGGGCAUCUUCUGUCUUUUAGAAUGAGCUGUGCUCCCUCUUUUCUUCAGUCUGAUGGAGAGGAGAACAGGAGGAGGAGGAGGAGGUGGUAGAGGAGGGAGGAGAGAGAGUGUGUGCAAGUAAGACGAGGAGAGUGAGUGACAGAAAAAAGGGAGGAGGGAAACAGCUGAGAGAAAACUGGAAACAUGCAUCUAACAGAGAGUGUGAUGGAGAACGCCCUUCCUCCAAAGCCAACCAAGCCUCAGCAGCCCUCCUCGGUCGCAAUGGCAGGGGGCAGCAGCAAUGUCGCCAAGGAUGGAGGAGCGGGAGGCUCCUUACAAGAGGCCGAAUGGUACUGGGGUGACAUAUCCAGGGAGGAGGUGAAUGAUAAGCUCAGAGACAUGCCUGAUGGGACUUUCCUGGUUCGGGACGCGUCUACUAAGAUGCAAGGCGACUACACGCUAACACUAAGGAAAGGGGGCAAUAACAAGCUGAUAAAGAUCUACCACAGAGAUGGGAAGUACGGCUUCUCUGACCCCCUGACUUUCAGCUCAGUGGUGGAGCUCAUCAGCCAUUACAGACAUGAGUCACUGGCUCAAUACAACACCAAGCUGGAUGUCAAGCUCAUGUACCCCAUCUCCCGCUUCCAGCAGGACCAGCUGGUGAAGGAGGACAACAUUGAUGCAGUGGGGAAGAAGUUGCAGGAAUACCACAAUCAGUACCAGGAGAAAAGCAAAGAAUAUGACAGACUAUAUGAAGAGUAUACCAAGACAUCACAGGAGAUCCAGAUGAAGCGAACAGCUAUUGAAGCCUUCAAUGAAACCAUCAAGAUUUUCGAGGAGCAAUGCCACACGCAGGAGCGCUACAGCAAGGACUACAUUGAGCGUUUUAGGCGUGAGAGCAAUGAUAAAGAGAUUGAGCGCAUCAUGAUGAACUAUGAAAAGCUUAAAUCUCGCCUCGGAGAGAUCCACGACAGCAAGGUGCGGCUGGAGCAGGACCUAAAGACGCAAGCCAUGGACAACCGGGAGACAGACAAAAAGAUGAACAGCCUAAAGCCUGAUCUCAUACAGCUCCGCAAAAUCAGGGAUCAGUAUCUAGUCUGGCUCAAUCAUAAAGGAGUUCGUCAGAAACGAAUUAAUGAUUGGCUGGGAAUCAAGAAUGAGAACACAGACGAAGGUUACUUUGUGAGUGAGGAAGAUGAGAACUUGCCUCACUAUGAUGAGAAGAACUGGUUUGUGGGGGAUCUGAACAGGACACAGGCAGAGGAGCUGCUCCUGGGGAAGCCAGAUGGAGCUUUUCUUAUCCGAGAAAGCAGCAAAAAAGGGUGCUAUGCCUGCUCUGUAGUUGUGGAAGGGGAGGUGAAGCACUGUGUCAUCUACAGUACACCACGUGGCUUUGGCUUUGCUGAGCCAUACAACCUCUACAGCAGCCUGAAGGACCUGGUGCUCCACUACCACCAGACUUCCCUGGUGCAGCACAAUGACUCACUCAAUGUGCGCCUUGCCUACCCUGUCUACGCACAGAUGCCCUCUGGACGAAGAUGAACCCCAUCCAACGAUGCUAAACAACUACCCCCAGAAGGACAACACAUUUUACCGUCUUCAGGAUAAAGGAGAAAAGGGAGUGUUAUGAAGCUUAAUGGGUGGUGGUAUUGGUUGAAUUACAAAACAACCCUAUGUCCAGACCUGAUGAACAUCGAUACAAUUUUAACAUUUGCUGCAACACACACAUCAGCCACCUUGGAGUUAUAUAUUUUUACAAGAACAAUUUUGGAGGGCAUUCUUUCUAAAGACUGCUUGAUUUGCACAAGGAAGUUUUAAAUGUUUGUGAAUGUGAAAACAAAAGUGACCGAAGGAAGGAAAUGGAGUAGGAGACGUCAGAGUUUCAGGUUGAUCCCGCUGCUACCUAAACUCCAGCUCAGACUUUAUACCAGAAACUCUAAAGUACAAGAAUGACAACAAAACAUUCCCAUCAGACUUUUCCUGUGUUCCCAUCAUUUUUUCCUCCCUUUUCUUUUCAUCAGAUGGUGUAACUUUGAAAUAUAUUUUUGGAGAUUUUUUUUUUUUUUUAAGAGGUUUCCUUUUUGUUUUCACUUACUUUGAAAUGAUGUCAAGUGUCUGUUCUCUGUCCCUCGCCAUACAAAAAGAUAAAACGAUGUAGCAUAAAAGACAAAGCACUAGGUGCUAUAGAGAGAGUAGACUGCUGCUGCUGAGGGAUCUGGGGGGAGGGAGGUGCACAAGUGACACAGAAGUUUUUUGUUUUUUGUCUCAAAGACUGAAGCCUUGCUUGUAUAAACUAAUUAUUUUGUUUUUAUUAUUGUUUUUUUUAACAUUGCUUUUUAUUAUAGUCUUGUGAAAAAGUAUUUGUACCACCCUUUUUCUUGGGGGGGGACAACAUGUCACACGUCACACUUAAAUGUUUCAGAUUAUCAAACAAAUAUUACUAAAUAUCCAAGUAAGUGCAAAAUGAAGUUCAUUUAUUAAAGGAAAAAAACAAUUAUAACCUACACGUCUCUAUGUAAAAGAGAAAAGGAAUUGCCCUCCACCCUUGAUAAUUCAUGAGUUUACUGCCAGAUAUGGAAGUUGUGAAUUAAAGUAUAUUAGAAAAAAUAAAAGCGAAACUUCAUGCUACAAUCUAAAGAAACUUGAACAGAUGAAAAACAAAGUCAUUGACGUCUGUCUGUCUGGAAAGGGCUACAAAGAUAUUUCUAAGGGAAUCCAGCGAACCAUGGUGAAAGGUUGGAAUAGUGAACCUUCUCAUGAGUAGCCAUCCUGCCAAAAUUACUCCAAGAGCACAUCAACGACUUAUUCAGGGGUUCAUAAAAGAACUGCAUGUAAACAACUACAGACGUCACUUGCCUCAGUUCAGGUCAGCAUGCAUGAUUCACCAAUAAGACAGGGCAAAAAUGGCAUCUAUGGGCACGAUCCAGGCCAGGAAGGUUUGGAUAGCUGCUUUUUGUCCUUAAAAAUUGAAAUAUUUUAGAACCUGCAUUUUGUAUUUCCUCAGGCUGUCCUUAUCUAAGAUUAAAACUCGAGGCUCUGAAACAUGAAAGCGUGACAAAUGUGUUUUUGAAAGAAGAAAAAAAAUCAGGAAUGGGAAGAAUACUUUUUCACACCACAGUAUGUGUAAAUGGUAACAAAUCACAACCAGAGACCAAAGUUGGUGUGAAGGGGGAGUAUAAAGCAUCUGUUGGGUUUUUCUUUCUUUAUUUAAUUUUCCCAUCUUUGGUGAAUGCAAAUGGGUGAAGAUAAGCAAUGAUGUGUUUAAGGCCACACAUAAAAAUGAGUUUCAGGCCGUGUGCUUUAGCGACAAAUAUACUACUUUUUUUUUUUUUAUUUUAUAUAAACCAAAGGGUACAUGAACCCCACAACCUUCAAAGCACUCAAACAAGCUCCAUUUGUAAUCUCAGCACUUACAAAAUUUUGGCUGUGUACGCCAAAGUGGAUGAGUCAAAGGAGGUGUAAUUAGCAGCUAAAGCUACAUGGCAUCUUUUGGCUAAUUUCAAAACCCCCAAAAUUUCUUUCUCCUCCUGAGACAAACUGACAGCUGAAAUUAAUGGGAACAUUUUUGCUUAGUUUCCUCCAAGCUCUUUCUUUUUUUUUU